AUGGGAAUACGGAGUGUGGUAAAGUGGCUUAAUCUAUCAAAGUGGAAAAAGACAAAAGAAAAAGGUCUACAUACGAGUUCACAUGAAGGGGAUUUCGUGAGUUGCGAUUCUGAUCCCUGUUACGUGACAGGUAAUUAUCGACAAAGUUUGGGGACAAGGCUAGCCUACGAGAGGUCCCUCAAUGCAUUCAAAACUCAAGUUGACAUGGCCAUCCGAGAUAUGACCGGAAGAUGCCAUGCUGAGAAGAAAGCCGUUGGACCGUUGGCGCCCAUCAUCGGCGUGUAUGAUUUUUCGUGGAUCGCCAAUGCAUCGAAACUGUCAGUCGCCGACCGUGUACUACUAGUCGACGUCGGCGGUGGCAGCGGCCGUGCGGCCCAGGCUAUCUGCGAGAGCACCGACCUGUCGCUAGCACGACGUAUGCUCGGGAACAAGGAGCCUGUCAUCUCGAAGGUUGACGAAUCGGGUACUCUUCCGGGAUGGACGCUCAUGCUGAUUGAAAUGCACAAGAGAACAUCUGAGCUACCUUGAAUGUAGGAGCAGGCAACAAGAGUAUGAAGCAAUUGACGUUGCUUGCUUGAGAUUUUCCCAACUAAGAUUACUUAGUGCCUUUGCCCCAACCUUAUCUGCUUAGCUUUGGGUUCAUAAACACGAUCAUCACAAC